AUGGACGAGAUCGACAUUUCCGACAUUCUCGCCUCCGUCUCCGCUCCGCCCCUGGAUCCUCGCGCCGUCGACCUCCAAUGCCUCACCCGAGCAUGGAUCAACGAGCGCACUGCUCCCGAUCUCCUCCCCUACCCCGCCGACCUCAUCACUCGCUCCAACGAAGGGAUCAAACGACAGAUACAAGUCAUCGAAGACAUGACAGGCUCCAUGGACCCAUCUAAGAACUUUACCCUCAUUAUUCUACAAACCGAACUCGAAAGGAUGAAAUUCCUCAUUCGGAGUUUUUUGCGGGCGAGAAUAGCAAAGAUUGACAAAUUCCCGAUUCACUAUCGCCAAAUCCUUCAGCAAACCGACCCCGACGAGCAGCAACAACCUCUCCUCUCGACGUUGGAAUCACAAUAUCUCGAAGCACACCAGGCCCUAUUGACGCAACAUUAUCACUCUUCAUUCCUAUCAUUAUUUCCCCAGCACAUGCACAAAAUGGAUGAUACACAGGGAGGAGUGUCGAUGGUGGACAAGCCAGAUGAGGACUCGGCCGUCUUCUGUCGAGUGUUGAGGGACUGUUAUGUGGAAAGACCAGUGUACGGUGGUAUUGAUCUUGCAAGAGGGGACAUUUGGGUCUUGCGGUGGCGCACGAUAGCGGAGAGAGUGAGGCGAGGAGACGUGGAGCUCAUAUGAGGAACGAUGAUGGAAUAAUGAAAUGAUGGAGAUGAUGUGAUGAUACCCGGCUUUUGAGCCACAGAUAUAGAUACCAUGUUCGUGAAUGCCAUGCUGUGAGUUCACAGUCUAUCAUCAUCGUUUCCCGGGUCGUUUUGGUCUGGCGAAACCGGCAGCCUUUGGGGUCUCUGCGCUGCUGGCACUUUGCCCAACACUAUCUCCACCAAACAGAUCUGCUGUCAGCUCAUCUGGCUCGGUAGCUUCCAGGGACUUGGUAACCUUGAUGCCGGCGUCUCGCUCUGCCACUGUCCUCGUCCAGCUCUUGCCAGUCGAAUACACCAUUCUCUCUUUGAUCUUUGACGCCGUCGGGCAGGUAUACACGAACAAUAUCGUUGGCGUGCCGUCCCCAGUCGCAGUCGAAGGAUGCGAGUAAAAGCUAUACCGAGGCUCCGUUGUGCUCAAGAGAGCAGCAACCUGCGAGGGCUGCACAUUGUCGUUCGACGAAUCCAGCAUGAGUGUCUCAUCCGGCAGCUGAUACUUCAGCUGUACCAGUGUCCCUUUACAGCCCUCCUCGUUCAGUGACUGCAGAGCUUCGAGCACGCCCUCACCCGUAGGCACAUUAAUCUUGUUGGGUGCAUGACCUCUGCGCGCAGAAGUUCCCUGCGACUCUUGUGCUUCUGCCUCCUUCACACCUGCCAGACCCGCCUCUUCCUCCGUGAGUGGCGCCUUCAAUGCCUCAUGCUGUUCAUGCUUCUUCCAACCUUCGGCGGUCAGCUCGCUCGCUUCGGUUGCGAAUAGCGUCUGCCUGAACCUCUCGAUUCCCAAUUCACGCACUAAGGUCAGACGCGUCGAGGCGAAGAGCAUCUUCUGGCGGACAGGCGCUGCAUUGGGAACGUAAGUGAUGGCGACAUAGCCGUCGGCGACGCCAGGUUCCACUUUGAGCAGAAUAUACAGAGCUCGAUCGGGCUUCGCAUUGCUUGCGACCUGAGCCAGAUCGGCUUUGAAGUCCUGUGAUUGCAGAGGGAUUGUGUUCAAGGGGACCAAUUUCUCAUUCUCGAUGCCUGCAAUGAGAGCUCGCUCGCUGGCGGAAGAGACGAAGCUGUUAAAGGCAUCAUGGAGCUCUUGCGAGGCUGAGAUUCCGGACUGCAUCUUGUGAUGGGGUGUUGUUGUCCU